CCCCCCUCGCAGCGGUCCCCUCUGGGCGAGCAGCCCUCCCGAGCCCUCCCCAGUCCGCCGCCUCUGCGCGCGCUCCUCGCGCCCCAUGGCGGCGCCGGCGCCACGCCCGUCCGAGGCGCUGGUGACGCUGGACGACGGCGCCGUCGCUGCCGGCCCCGACGACGAGGCGCGCGCGGCCGCGCUGCACACCGCGGUGUGCUAUGCGGAGCCCACCCUAGCCGCUGGCGCCUCCUUCUUCGGAAUCGGGCUGCUGGUGCUGCCCCUGGUGGACCAGCUGGGCGCCGCGGACCCGCGCGCGGCCGAGGCGGACGCCUUCUCGUACCGUGGGGUGGGUGCCCGGGCGCCGGGGCUCUUCAGCCCAGAGGAGCUGAAGGGGCGCCUGGGGCCGCUGGACCCGUCGCAGUUGUGCAGGGAGCUGUCCCAGAGCUCCGCCGAGGUGGCCGAGCAUGCUCGGCGGCGAGGGGAGGAGGCCACCCGCCGCGAGGUCGCCAGGCUGAGGCGAUGGCGGGCGCGAGCGAACCAGCGGCUGGCCCUGCUGCAGAGGCGCUGCGCGCUGACGUUCCUGGGGCUGCCGCUGGAGGCCCGCGAGAGCGACAUCAGCGGCGCCUACAAGCGGAAGGCGUUGGAGUUGCACCCAGACAAGGGUGGCGACCCCCAGGAGUUCCAGCAGCUGCAGCAGGCGCGCGACUGGCUCGAGGAGCCCAGGGUAGCCCAGCGGGGCCCAGAGGAGGACGACGAGGCCGAGGAGCCGCCAGAGCGCCCGCCAGACGGCGCCGGGAAGCUGCGCGCCGACCUGCACGACAGCGCGCUGCGGCUGUGGGAGCGGCACAGCGCCGCGGCUGGCGAGAUCGAGUCGCGGGGGGGCGGCGCGGCGCCGCCCAGCGGGCAGGCGCUCGACGCGCUGCACGCCUUCCUGGGCGCCUUCACCGCGAGGGAGGUGCACGCGCUGCGCAGGUGCGAUGCGCGGAGCCUGGACACCGUCGUCCGCAAGCUCGUGCGCAGAGGCGCCGAGGUCCUCGCGGCCUCCGCCGCGGCGGACGCGCCGGCCGCGGUGGCCGCCGUGCGGGCCGGCUUCGUGCAGCCGCUGGCCGCUAGGUGCGCAGUGCCCGAGGCCGCGGGGAGGUGCGGCGACCUGCUGGCGGCCCUCCUCGCGGUGCCCGCCGGGGCGCGGCGCCUGCUCCGCAGCCUUGACGCUGGCGCCGCGCAGGGCAGCAGUGCCACGGCAAAGCAAAAGGCACACGAGCCAGGCAGCCGACGGCGACGGCCAGCUCCAGAGGUCGAGCCGCCGCCGGACCAGCCGCCGGCUGAGCCGCCGCCAGCGGCCGAGCAGCCACCCGCAGAGGCAGCGGAGCCUCCGCCGAGGAAGAGUCUCCAGCGGCUGCCCCCCGCUGACGAGGUCGUCGGCUGUGACUCGGACGAUGAGCCCGGGCCGCCGCUGUCGCAGCCAGCGCCGUUCAAGUGCGGCGGGUACCGUUUGCAUGUGCGGGCCGACGGCUUGAGGGGCUCCCUUGAGGAGGUGAGGGCUGAGCUGUGGGAUGCGGACAUGCAGGUCGCGUGGUUGCGAGGCUUGUACAUAUUCCGGUACGCUGGCUUCAAAAUCGGCGACGCCUGCCGGAUUGCCGCGGCGCGCAUCGAUCCGCGGGCCGCCACUCUCUUGGACGCAGAGGGGCGCCCGAAACCGCCUCUAGCAGGCCUUUUGAGCCCCCAGGCUCACGACGGCGGCUUCUUUUACUUGGAGGAUGUCUACCUGGCCCGCCAUCUGCGUGGCAGGGGCCUGGGCUUGGAGCUCGUGGCGGCAGCCUUGCGGAGCCUCACCGGCCCGCUGAAGCGGGUCACGCUGGUGCUGUGCAAGCUUGCCGCGAGGCCAGGCGAGGCGCCUGGGCGCGGCGGGGGCGGCCUGGGGGCCCUCGAGCGACAUUGGGCGCGACUGGGCUUCCGCAGGGCCCUGGAGGGGCAGGACUUGUGGUUCGUGGAGCCGGCCGCCCUCCGGCCGCCGGCGGCGGUCGCGCGUGCUCCGCCGGGGGGCCGUGCGGCGGCCGCGCCGCCGGCGAAGCGCCCCAGGGCCGCGCCCGUGGCGGCAGCGGCGGGCGCUCGGCCCGUCGGCGCCGCCUGCGCAGGCCCAGACAUCCCCACGAUCUGAUUUUUGUCAGCGUGCGGCCCCCAGUGGUCCUCAGUGAGUCCCCAGUGCCGUUCAACCGAUCCCCAUCCCGAGCCCAAUCGUCCUACAGUGGAGGCCCAUGCCAAGAGACACCCUGCUUGCCUUCGGGGUGCCCUGG